GAAAAAUCAAGCAUGAUUUGAUCCUACCCGCAAAAGUCUCUUUCUUGAGCUUCAAGGUAGAAAAUUUUGGGGGAAAUGGGAAAACUUUUCACUGGUUUGAAGAUAACCAUGACGGAUUCUUUUCCAUUAUUGGGUUUUUUUUUAAUUUACUUUUUAAUAUUUCUGCAUGUACAUGCUGUAUUGCCGGAUCUAACAAUAUUUAGAAUCCCAGGCUAUACGUAUGGCAAGAAAUGGUUAGUUCAAGUCCUUAAGUUUUUGCCUCUUUUCCUCCUUUGAUUUUCCCGUUUUAGACCCUGGUUGCUUGAAAGUUAUAAUAUAAUAUUUUUUCCCCAUGGUUAGAUCUAAACUAAACAAAAUUCCACCCUGUUGUAUCUGACAGAAAGAAAAACAAAACAAAAAGGGAAGAUUUGCUGCUCAAAAACAGGCAUCUGACACCUCUCCAAAGACAUAGGGGUGUUAGAAUCUGGUCUGGAGAAUCAAACAAGUUGCUCCCCUCAAGCUCUUGUUCUUCGACGAAUCCUAGAAUGCUAAACAAUUACUAAGUCUUCUUCCUUAAUUGCCUCAAAAGAAUCGUUAGCCAUCGAUCCAAGGCAAAGGGUGUCAUAUGGAUAAGUUCCCGGAUGUUUUGUGUGGUUGGAGCUGGGAGGAGAACAAGUUGUUUGAGCUGGCUUUAGCUGUGGUCGAUGAACGACACCCCGAUCGUUGGGAAGUGGUUGCUGCCAUGGUUGGAGGGAAAAAAACUGCAGAAGAUGUGCAUAAACAUUACGUGAUACUCUUGGAGGAUUUGCAGUUUAUCGAAUUGGGUAAACUCGAUCAUGAACUGAGCGAAAGGAAGCCUAGUAUUCAAGUCGACUGCACUCAUUCUGUUUGCUGGACUGAUGAUGAUAACAAUUCUUCCGCUUACAGCUUGCUGGUUCGGUUAGACAUAAAUUGAUCCCCACAGCUACUGUACUGCUGGUUUAUGAAAGCAGAUUUGGUUUCCACAAGAGUGCAGGGUAUGUUAAUGUAUCCAUUCUGAUGCUAUAUUUUGUUCCUUGAU